UGGCCUGGACAGCUCGUGUCCUUGAUUGGCCUCUGUCGCUACGGUGGGCGGAUUGACUGCUGCUGGGGCUGGACUCGCCGCUCCUGGGGACAAUGCCAGCCUGUGUGCCACCCGCAGUGCAAGCAUGGUGACUGUGUCGGGCCGAACAAGUGCAAGUGCCACCCUGGAUAUGCCGGGAAGACCUGCAAUCAAGCUCCUCUUGACCAAGGCAGUGAGCAGCCUCCUUUCCACCCCCCGGAUCAUCGAGCCACCAGUUUACCUUCACAGGACCUGAACGAGUGUGGCCUGAAGCCGCGGCCCUGCAAGCACCGCUGCAUGAACACGCUGGGCAGCUACAAGUGCUACUGCCUCAGCGGCCACAUGCCCAUGCCCGACGGCUCCUGCGCAAGCGCCCUGACGUGCUCCAUGGCAAACUGUCAGUACGGCUGUGACAUUGUCAAAGGGCAGGUGCGAUGCCAGUGCCCCUCCCCAGGCCUGCAGCUGGCUCCCGACGGGAGGACCUGUGUGGAUGUGGACGAAUGCGCCGUGGGAAGGGUGUCCUGCCCCAGGUUCAGACAGUGCGUCAACACCUUCGGGAGUUACGUCUGCAAGUGUCACCAGGGCUUCGAGCUCACGUACACCGGAGGCAAAUACCAGUGUCACGACAUAGACGAGUGUGCCCUCGGGCAGCACCAGUGCAGCGGCUUUGCCCAGUGCUACAACGUGCACGGCUCGUAUGAGUGCAAGUGUAUCGAGGGUUACCAAGGUGACGGGCUGAGCUGCGUGUAUAUUCCCAAAGUCAUGAUCGAACCUUCAGUUCCAGUCCAUGGGCCACAGGGAAACGGUACCAUUAUAAAGGGCGACGGAGGACAAAGCAAUCGGAUCCCCGAGGCUGGCAGUACCCAGUGGCCUCCGCGGAUACCCUCUGUCCCUCCUGUCCUCACCAGCAGUCCCACCCCUAGGCCAACACCAAAGCCUACGCCAAAGCCAACCCCACAGCCAACUCCGCCGCCGCCGCCGCCCCUGCCAACAGAGCUCAGAGCUCCUAUGCUGCCUCCAACCCCAGAAUGGCCAAGAACCAGGCUGACGACGGCAGCACCGGCCACCGGUACCUCUGUGCCAGGGGUCACAGUGGACAACAGGAUACAGACGGACCCGCAGAAGCCCAGAGGAGAUGUGUUCAUUCCACGGCAGCCUUCGAACGACCUGUUUGAGAUAUUUGAGAUAGAGAGAGGAGUCAGCGCAGAUGACCAGGCGAAGGACGACCCAGGUGUCCUCGUGCACAGCUGCAACUUUGACCAUGGCCUCUGUGGAUGGAUCAGGGAGAAGGACAGUGACUCGCACUGGGAACCGGCCUGGGACCCAGCAGGUGGGCAGUACCUGACCGUGGCGGCCAAGGCCCCCGAGGGAAGAGCCGCACGCCUGGUGCUGCCACUGGGCCACCUCCUGCACUCGGGGCACGUGUGUCUGUCUUUUAGGCACAAGGUGACCGGGCUGCACUCGGGCACGCUCCAGGUGUCCGUGAGGAGACACGGUGGCCCCGGGGCAGCGCUGUGGGGCAGAGACAGCGGCCGAGGCUGGAGGCACACGCAGAUCACCCUGCGGGGCGCCGACAUCAAGAGCGUCAUCUUCAAGGGUGAAAGGCGGCGUGGCCAUCCCGGGGAGAUCGGGCUGGACGACGUGAGCUUGAGAAGAGGCCCCUGCUCCGAAGAGCGCUAGCGACCCACAGCUGGCCGUGGCUCCCCUGCUGCUCCCUCUUCUCUUUCCAGUCCUUACCUUCUCUCCUCUCCUCCCUCCUCCCAGGCCUGAGAGAAGAGCCAGUGGGCCAGCAGGGGUCCAGGUGCUGACCCAGGUCUCACUGGCUCGCUGUUGUGCAGUCCCAGGGAGCAGUGACUCCCACACACACCCUGCAGGACAAGGGUGAGUGCAGACGCAUCGAAGCCAUUGUGGGUGUUGCCUUCAUGCCCGUGGCCCAUGCAGGGAGGCCUUGCACGUGUGUGACCUGCACCAUCCUUCAUCCUGGUUACAAAACGCUGCUUGUAUCAGACGCCGGGAGGAACCUUCAGAACUCUGUGCAAACGGCCAUUCCGCUCUCUGUCCAGUGUCAUGCUGUGUGUGGUGUUGACUUCCCUUAAGCUAUGAUGUGCAGUGUGCCUGUUUGUUUCCCCUCUCCACGAAGUUCGUUCUGGCCCGUCCUGAACUCUGACUUUUACUGCCACUCACUUUAUAAACAAGGGUGUAUAACAUACCGAGAUGCAUUUAUUCUUAUUACCUGUAUUUUUCUUAUAAAGACAACUAUGUAGAGUGGGCAUGGUAUAUUCCUUGUUAGCAGUGCUGUGUUCUGUAUAAAUGUGCUAUUGGUAUUAAAUAUUUACAUGUUCCUAGUAUUUACAGACUCUAGUUGCAAAGUAAAAUGCAGCUUGUGAUCUCUGGAGUUUAAAAAAAAAAUGGCAAAAUGUCAUCCAGCGUGGUGACCUUCCACUGGCAGUGAGAGAAAAAUGGCAGAGGUGCCAGGCUGUGGUGGAGUGAUGGAAUUUUUCUAAUAGUUUUGAAUUGGAUCUCUACCAAGGAUAAUGAUCCGUUUAGGGUGACAAGAAACUGCAGUUGAUAUAGAAAACCCUACUCACUGUCGACAGAUUUUUCUGUCAUGGAACAUGGCUCUCUUUGGCCAUCCCGAGAAGCUUUGUAAAAGCCCUGGCUGUUGGGGGGGUGGAGCCCUGUUUCUAGCAGGAAGUGGGGAGGAAGUGUGAGGAGGCUCCCCUGGUACUGGUGUCACACCCAGCCGACACAUCUCGGGAGGUGUAGCUCCUGCUUCUGGUCCUGGAGCUGAGACACUGGCUGCGUGUUGGACUCUUGCACCUCAGGAAGAGGGCCCCAUGGGAAUUCUGUCACCCACCAACCCCCAACCGUCUUCUUCCUGCAUUUCUUACCUUUACGUUAAAAAAAUUAACUUCUGAAAGGCAGCCUUAUUCCUGAGGGUUUGCUUCACGUCUGAUGGAGUGAUCAGAGUAUUUCUGCUUUUGCCAGGAAUCACAAAGAUGAUUGAAGGGGUGAGGAAAAAAGGGUCUACGAUGGGAAAUUAGAGGGUCUGGGAUGGUUUCACCUGGAGAAGACUAAGGGGCCAACCAUUGGCCGCUGUCAGGUGUAUGAGGGGUGGCAUGGAGAAGAUGGUGAACACCUGUCCCCUGUGGGCACUCAGAAUAGACAAAGAGGGUGUGGGCCCAGGAAGGAGUGCGAGGGAGUGAUUACUGGCAGGGACACUUGUUAACUUAGAGUCCUUUACAAGAAAGAAGUGUGAAAAUCAAGGUCUUACUCUCCCUAUGUCCUGCUCUCAGAACUAGAGAGAACUUCACCUGUGUAAGACAGGCUUCCCUUAGGAGAAAGCAGUGGAUUACAGCAUCUCCCAGAAGAUGUUUUGAUCCUGCUACUCAUAUGUAUGAGCUUGGUGAUUCAGACAGAGCCAUUGUUCAGCCCUUCCUAUCUGACCUCCUAGUGGAGAGGGGGCCGAAGAAGGUGCUGAGUUCACUCAAACAUCUCUCCUUCUGUGGCAAAUGUGGCAGGAUCAAAACAGACAGAUGCAAAAGGGAAAAACUCCCCAAACCAUUUAUUCUGAAAGGAGUUGUGGUGGACAGGUGUGGUUGUAAUGCAGUAAUGUCCUAAUGUGGUGUUGAGGAGUUCUUUCCUGGUAAAGGUAUACGCCUCUCAUUUGCUCAGUAGAUUUCAAUAGGUUCCAGGUUUUUAGAGAGAUCCAAUCAAGGAGCACAGGUCAGAGAGGUUUUCGUUGGGUGCAAAGAGGUGCUGAUCUGCUUCACAUGUGACAGGUUAACCUGGGCAGUAAGAGCAUCACACUCAACAUCUUUCCAGGUUCACAAACGGAAAUGUCAUUUAACAAUAGGCCCAAGAGCCCAAGAGCCAGUCUUAGUAGUUUAACUUGGUAGAGGCAGGGCUGGAGGGGAAUAUACAUCAUUCAGCCUUUGUGUAAAGUCCAGAAAAUACGGUCUUUGGUGCAUUUUUAAUGAUUUGUUUCCUUUUGGGUCAUAUGACUGCACAGUUGAAGAUGAAAAUCAUUGAAAAUUUGACUUUUAGGUGCCAAUAAAACAUUGCACUAAACUGAUGGAAGAAGUUAUCCAAAGUACUGUAUAACAUCUUGUUUAUUAUUUAAUGUUUUCUAAGGUGAAAAAUGUUAGUGGUUUUCCAUAUGGCCGAAUACAAACAAUUGUUUGUAAAUAAAACACUG